CUCCAUGCUUUUUUCCAAUGAUGGGAUCAUAAGACACCUCUCUUGGAUUCAGCACAACUUUCAGCAUGUUGCAGCCUUCCUCCAGAACAGGUGAUUGCCCGUUGGAAACGUUACCUCACAGGAAUAGGUUUCAGAGAUGGAUUAUAUUCUUUUCCCUCUGCGUGGCUGCUCUCUGGCCUCCAGAGGCGGCAGGAUCCAUGCUGAACUGCCAUAAGACGUGCAUCUGCGCCUCAAACAUAGUCAGCUGCUCCAAGAUGAACCUGACCAGCGUCCCCAUCGGUCUGCCGCACUACACAGCUGUGCUGGAUCUCAGCUACAAUGAAAUACAUGUGCUCAAGUCAGAAUGGACCCCAGCCAAGCUUCCGAACCUCCACAACCUCCUGCUCAGCCAUAAUAAUCUGCAUUUCCUUUCUUCGGAGGCGUUCGUAAAUGUGAAGCACCUGCGCUACUUGGACCUGUCAUCCAACACGCUGAAGAUGCUGGACGAGUUUGUUUUUGAGCCUCUGGUCAACUUGGAGGUCCUCCUGUUGUACAAUAACCAAAUUUCGCAGAUCGACCGCUCAGCCUUUAUUACCAUGACCAACCUUCAGAAGCUCUACCUGAGCCAGAACCAAAUGUCCCGGUUUCCUGUGGAGCUGAUCAGAGAACGGUUCCGCCAGGAGAAGCUCAGCCUCCUGGAUGUGUCCUCUAAUAAAAUCAAGGUGUUGCCCAUGGAUGAGCUUCAGAAGCUGCCCGCCUGGCUCCGAAAUGGCCUCUACUUUCACAACAACCCUUUGCUGUGUCACUGUGAUCUGUACACCCUCCUUGCCCACUGGGAAAUUCGAAAGCUGAACCCUGUUGUGGACUUUAAAAAUGACCACACUUGCAUUCUGCCUGGUCCACAAAAAACCCAAGUUGGUGUUUUUAACCUCAGUGGAGAAAGUAUGAACUGCAGCACAUUCAAAGAGUCGGACGAAGAGGCAUUUCUGGAGCAAACAAUAGUCCUUAACUGUGACGCCAAAGACAGAAACAUGGUAAAGACUUGGACAAUGCCUGAUGACGUGUUGGUGACGCCUGAAAGCAACCAGACAGCAAGGGUUCUGUUAGAUGGGAGCCUGCAGAUAAGUCAGGUGAGGACCGAGGACUCUGGGACUUACACCUGCUUUGCCACAAGUGAGGCCUUCAAUGAGACCAUCUAUGUGGUGCUGAAAGUUCACAACUUCACCAUGCAUGGCGCUGGGGAGACGUUGAACACAGCUUACACAACAUUGGUUGGCUGCCUGGCCAGUGUGGUGCUGGUACUCAUGUACCUAUACCUGACACCAUGCCGCUGUUUCUGCUGCCCCAACAAGGGUAAGACUCGGGGCGAGGAUAGCAUUCACUCCUCUAUGCUCAGCGUCACUCCAACCCAUGAGGACCCGGCACUUAAGGCCGAGCUGAACCGGCACGUGGCAUUCAUAGACUCUAAAGACUCACAGGGCCAGAAUGGGAAGCUGAAUCCCAACGGGGAUGAGGACGAUGACGAUCAGGAUGCGGAAGCUGGCUCUUUAAUGAAGGGGAAGAGAAAGAAAUCAGUAGCAGAGUCCAUUAGCUCAGUCUUCUCAGACACGCCAAUGGUGGUUUAAGACGAGAAAUCAAAUGCCACGGGAUUUGCUGUGAAUGAACCGACAUGAACCAUUAUUUAAUUCCUGUAAACUCUUGACUGUGACCCCAAGGGAUCAGCGGAGGGGCGUUCAUCUGUAGUUUCUAGCAGCUGGAACACAGUGUCUCAAAGGGAUUUCAAAACAAACUGUUUUGUUGUUUAAAAAAAAAAAAGGACAACGAGCAGUAUGUUUCCAGCCUUUUUAAUUUGUAGCAAUUACUAUUCAUACUGUGAAGGAAUGGCAGUGGAAAUGGGCAAAGAAUCCUAAGAGAAAGAAAUGGUAGUUGUUAGAGGUGCUCGGGAAGUGAUGCACAAUAGUUUGAGAAGUGAAAAAUAAUAGUGCACAUCUAAAAUUUAAUAAAGACAACCAUUUGGUUUAGAUUGAAACCUUGUCUGUUAAAAGAUUUGAAUAGGUUGCAUCCUAUAUACUGUAGAGCAUAGACAACCUCCUGUAUCCCCACAAGAACAGAUUGACAUCACCAGACUAUGACUAUUCUCCUUGAGUUAUAUAGAGUAAAACAGCAUGCCAUAAAAAUACAUUAUAUGAGCAAAUAUAAUUUAGGUUAAGGAAAUAUGAAAUUAUCUUAUGUAAUCAUAUAAAGAAGCUAACACAAGUCAGAUAAUUAGUUAAUAAAGUCAGAUCUAGUUUUGAAGCCAUGGGCAGCCACAGCUCCUAUCGAUUUAAUACUUUAAGGAAUACAUUUACAUACGGUAGAUCUAAACGUAAAACCUAUUGGAAACCUUUUCAGCUUUGCACAACUAAACGUGUGAAAUGUCUCCAACAGAUGCCCGUAAGGUGCGAGGAGGAAUUUAGUUUUGACUAAUUAUCAACAUGUCUCAAUCUUGUAAACUGAUCGGUACCAGAAUCCUUACGAGGACUAAAUCGGAGCCUGGCUGUUGUCCACAGAGGUGCCACUUGCUGUUAGAUUUGCCUCUUGUCCUAGUUAUAACAUCCUUUUGUGUCACCAAGGUGUUAAACUAAAAAUGUGUGCUUUAUUUGAUUUAUUCUGCAUGAAAAAUGCACAGAUUCCUCAUGUGCUCCCCCCCCCCCCCCACAGUUUCAAGUAACCAACUUGUAUUCAGACAUCAUACAUAGAAGUAAAUUUAAGAUCCUGCUCACUAUAGUUCACCGUGUGGCCCUUUCCCCUUUUUACCAUUAGAAGAUAAUGCAUUCUGUUUUAGCAGGGAAACAUUAGAGUCUGAGUGACCAUAAAACCAUAAUGGUUUCUUGUUGAAAUAAGCUUAUGAAUAAUAAUAACACUGUCCAUUACUGGUGAGAAAGAGCUGCCUUGAGCACUGUAGCUGCUGACGAGAAAUUUCCACUGACACUUUAGAUUUUUGAAGUGAUUCUCUUUGUCUCAGCGUAGAUCAUUACUGUAGAAUCAAUUUACCAUGCAAGACGCCUGGUAUGCUGUGCAGAUUUUAUUCACAAACAAGGAGCGCCUUGGCUUGAGCCUGAAAAGGCGAUUUUAUCAAACUGUGCCGCGAUCGUGUCGCAAUACAACAAGGCUGCCCUGACGUAAAUGCUAAUUGCACCUUUUGAUAGGAAGUAGCUUUCCUUUGCUUUCUCUCCGAGCUGGA